GAAAACGCGUCUCGUGUUCCCACCAUCCUCUCUUUUUCACGUGAUGCCUUCUACGCCUCACCAUUGACUCCUCUCUCAGACACACAUAACACAUACAAAAAAAGUUCCCAAAUUACUUCGAAUCCAUCUUGAACUCUCCAUUUCUAGGGUUUUAUGUCCACCAUUAUCCAUAUAUUUCAUAUCCAUUCUUGAUUCUCGUAAAACGAACAGCUAAGAAUUUCCCCCUAUUUUCAGUCAUUAUCUUGAAGAAACUUUUCAUUACCAUUUAAUGCGUUUGAGUUUUAAUCCAUCAAUGUUUAUGAACCAACCUCAGAUCAAAUCUUUUUGUGAUUGCUACAAUGAAGUUUAAAAUCCUGCGGUGCUCAUCGCUCCCGAUCAAUUUCUUGGAAACGUUGUCGUCUUCUGCAUCAUCUUCAUCAACAUUGUCAAUGGCGGCGCCCCGGGGUUCGGUGGUGGAAGCUGGAGGGCGGGUUUUAGAUAAGGAUGAGGAGAAGAAUACGGAGUCUCCUACCAGGAAGAAGGUCAAGGCGGAGAAGUUUCCGAUUUCGCGGUGGGAGUUCGCGGCGGCGUUAGGGGUGUUUUUGGUAUUUUCAACCGGAUUGUUGUGUAUUUACCUCACCAUGCCAGCUGCGGAAUAUGGAAUGCUCAAGCUGCCUCGCAACCUUGCCGAUCUUCGCUUGCUCAAAAAUCAUCUUGCUAAAUAUGCUCAAGUUUACCCAGCGAAGUUCAUUCUAGGUUACUGCUCAAUGUACAUAUUCAUGCAAACGUUUAUGAUUCCUGGGACAAUUUUCAUGUCCUUACUAGCUGGAGCACUCUUUGGUGUCAAAGGCAUUCUCUUGGUUGUCUUUAAUGCCACAGCUGGUGCAUCGUGCUGCUUCUUUCUAUCUAAACUUAUUGGCAAGCCUAUUGUUAACUGGUUGUGGCCUGAGAGAUUGAGAUUUUUUCAGGCUGAGAUAGCAAAGCGGAGAGAGAAGUUGCUCAAUUACAUGCUCUUUUUGAGAGUUACCCCAACGUUACCAAACCUUUUUAUCAAUCUGGCAUCACCUAUUGUUGAUGUACCAUUUCAUAUUUUCUUUCUGGCAACUGUUAUUGGUCUUAUUCCAGCCUCCUACAUUACUGUAAAGGCUGGACUUGCUCUUGGAGAUCUGAAAUCAGUCAAAGAUCUAUAUGAUGUUAAGACUUUGGCCUUGCUUUUCCUCAUUGGAUCUCUUUUAUUAGUUCCAACCCUUUUGAAGAGGAAGCGAAUAUACGAAUAGGGAUGUGGACCCUGAGGGUGCAGGACCUUGUUUCUACACUGCUGCCGAGUGCUGAGAAGGUGUUUACUUUUGCUUGUGAUACAUGGGUUUGAUCGAUUACUCUACUAUAGUUCAAAGGCAGAAAGCUGAUUAUUCAAAUUUAUGUAGGCUGAUUAGGUAACAUUCUUACCCAGGUUUUAUCAUGCGUGACAGAAAUCUUGGGUAGCGAUGAUAUAUUGGAUGUCAUGUACCAAACAAUUAUGUAAAUUAUAGAAUUUGAUUCAAAUAUCAGCAUAGCAUCAAAAAGAAGUUAUUUAAGUGAUAUAACAUGAGACCUCCUCAAUGGCGAUGUACCACAUUGUGAAAGCUCAUACAUACCCCUUUGCUGUUGGAAAAAUAUGGGAAGUUGCUUUAGUACUUAGUUGUUCUCUAUAUUAGUUGUAAAAUGCUUGAAGAUGACUUAGUUUUAUUAUGCGCUCGAUUAAUUU